UGCCAGCACCGCCUUUCCAGGAGCUCCGCAGAGGCACCAUCGCUUUGCGCGGCCCAGCCUGCGGCAGAGAGGCCUUGUCCUGCCAGCGCCUGCCCGAGCCAUGGUGAAGUACGGCCUCGACUACACGCGCUGCCGAUGGAUCCUUCCCCUGCUCCUGGGCAUCGGGGUCAUCUUCGGCAUCAUCGCGCUGGCGGGCUGGGGCUGGCUGGAGUCGCAGACCUUGCCCUAUGUGCUGCAAGCGUCGCUGUGGCAGAUCUGCAGGAGGCCUGGCCAGGGCGGGGAAUGGAGCUGCGAGUCCCUCAUGGACUACGCCUGGGGAAGAGCCGCUGCUGCCACAUACCUGGUUGGCUUCCUACUUCUAGUCAUCUGUUUUGCACUGGCCAUCAUAGCAUUUGCCAUUGACACUCUUCGGUUCAACUUCAUUCGUGGGAUCGGAGGCUUGCUUUUCGUGGCUGCUGUGUUCUCCAUCAUGGGCCUGGUGAUUUACCCAGUGAAGUUCUCAUCUGAAAUUGAGAUGACAGGAGUCAAUAUGUUCAGCUGGGCCUAUGGCUUUGGCUGGACCACUGCCAUUAUGGAAAUAUGCUUGGGAUUCUUCUUCUGCUGCCUUCCUAACUAUGAAGAUCAGAUCCUGGGUAAUGUCAAGCCCACAUAUUUUUACUCUUCCCCAUAAGCACCAGGAAAAAUGUGUUCAUAUUCCAGAGAUACCUGACAGACUAGCUAUGUUUUUCAGAAUAUUGUCAUCAGAUGUUAGUAGAAAAGGCUGGAAACUUUUCUAAUGUGUGUAGAAAUAUGCCACUGGCAUCUGCAGUAAAGUUAUCUACUCUAUAUUGGACUGUCAUAUCUGAUGUGGGUUGGUCAGAUAAAGCACAAAUGUUAAAACCCCUUGGUUUUCCUCUUUCAUUCCCAUGAGUGGGGUUUAUGUGGAUUCCACUGCAUUUUAAAUACAUUCAUCACUGUAAUGAAAUUCAGAAAAACUUAUUAAACUGGCAAUAAAAAAACCCCAAUGCAUAUCAUCUUCCUGAAGGAAAGAAACUCAAAAUAAUCCCAUUUUGUAUGUAUCAUCUUUAACCUGAGGAUUUUUGCACAAUUUUCAAAAAAGUCAAAUACAUUUGCCCACUGACUGCCAAAGUAGUAAAUUAGUCAGCCAGCACUUCAUAGCUUUGCUUCUAUUUUCAUUCAUUCCCUUAAGCCAUAAGGACAGAGUAAAGAAGGGAUUAAAGCUCCCUACCAGAGACAGUAUCUUGACUUUUCCUCAUUCAUGUGGAAUGUAUUUAUUUCUAAAUAUUUGCAAGAGUCAGCAAGGAACACCAGUAAAGCCUUAAGAAUCCUGAUGUGCCAUUGCUGGUGCCAGUACAGAGUGGGCAGAGGCAGAAGGGAUU